AUGGCUUUCGCAACCGCAGCUGCUUCUGACCAGGAUGGCUCAGCGGCCGUGGAUUGGAAGCACACGCCUAACGUUGGUAUCCAGGUUAACCUCGUGCUCCGAGUGCUCUUUGCCAUCAUCGGCACCGGGCUAUGUUGGCCACCCCUUCGGACUCUAUGGCACUAUGUUGAUCUCCCGGGAGUUACACUCAUCAUAGUAGUGGCGCUAAUGAACCUCUUCGCCGUCCUAAAUGCUAUGAUUUGGAGCAAUGACAACUGGGACGACUGGUGGGACGGAAAGGGACUAUGCGAUGUACAAGUAUAUCUGUCGACGCCGAUGAAGACCAUCUACGCGGCUACUAUCUUUGUAACCGUCUAUGAGCUGUCGCAGAAAUUUGACGCCAGCCGAGUGAUAAUACUCAACUCUCGACAGGACCGAAACCGAGAAUUGAAACAAGCUCUUGUCAUCUUCGUGGUUCCGUUCAUCCAGUUGGUCAUGACGUACUUCACUCUAUCACAGCGGUACAAGGUCGGCACGCUUGUCGGGUGUAUCGCUGAGUACGACAACAGCUGGCCCAAGAUUAUAUUUUUCGAUGUGCCGAAUCCAAUCUUUGUGGUCUUGUCCAUCCCCUUUACCUUCUGGUCCUAUCUACGCUAUAGAAAAUACUCUAGAAACAGCCAAAUAGCAAUUGGGUCCAGCAACCAGGCCGUAGCCCGGCGUGUUCGGCUACGCCGUCGCCUAUACAAUGUCACGGCGUCAAUCAUGCUUGUCUAUGCCCCGAUAUCAUUCAUCUUACUAGCCCAAAACAUUCAAAAGGCAGUUAAAUCGCCACCCGCGGCGUAUGACUUCCGUCGUAUACACGACGACGCAGACCCGUACCCAUGGAACUCUGUUACAUUUGUGCCAUCGUGGAACCUGGAGUGGCUCGAAACGAACCAACCGUGGUUCGCGAUUUUGACCACGGUGACUAUCAUUGGUUUCUUCGGCACAAGCGAAGAUUGCUUCCCCGUAUACCGUAGGUAUAUGGUAUGGCUGGGCUUAGGACGGUGCUUCCCGCGCCUCCGACAGCAGGAGAUUCCUCCUAGUGAACCUCGCUUUAUUGAUGACCCUGACGAAUUGCUUCGUAACGGAAUCGAGCUUGUGGAAAUGGGCGGCGUAAAUAGGGCGGUGACAGAGUAAGAGUCU